AUAUUCCUCUCAUAAAGUGUCUUAGUACGCAUUACUACUUUUAUUUUGAAAUUAAAUCGACAGUGAUUUGCUUGACCGUUGUUGCCGAGUUCACAGACAUGAAUUUCCCGGGAUUUUUGGGAGCUGGGCCUGUCUGAGCUUCCUGACCUGGAAGCAGACAGACCGUGAAAGAAGACUGCAGCGUGAUGCCACCUGCUUCAGGAGAAGACCCAGGGUUGGGGCAGGAGGGGAAACUGAACCGGGCGGAUUGCUUGUGUCCCAUCUGCCUGGAGAUUUUCCUGGAGCCGGUCACACUGCCGUGCUCUCAUACGUUCUGUAAACCCUGCUUCCUGGAGACGGUGGACAAGGCCAACAUAUGCUGUCCUCUCUGCAGAAAGCGUGUCUCUUCAUGGGCUAGACUUAAUGGCAGGAACAAGACAUUAGUGAAUGCAGAGCUGUGGAGACGCAUACAGGACACUUUCCCCACGCAGUGUCAGCGCCGAUUGAGUGGGGUCGAUGAAGAGGAAGAUAUCAACAUGUUUAUACCAAAGCCUAAGGUCAGUCAGCCAGGUGAGCUCAGGCGGGAGUAUGAGGAGGAGGUUAACAAGUUUGUAGAAGAGAAGCGAGCUCUGGAGGAGGCAGAGAGGAGGGCCAGUGAGGAGUACAUCCAACGCCUCCUGGCUGAGGAACAAGAUCGAGUGGAAGAAGAGAGGAGGAGACAGGAAGAGAGACAGCUGGAGGAUGACGAGAAACUGGCAAGAUUGCUCAGUGAAGAAUUAAACUCAAGUCCAGUUUUAGAAACUCGGAGAAACAUUAAAGUGAAUGAUGCUGCCAAGAAAAAGAAACCCAGCAUGGGCCACAUUGAGAGGUAUCUGUGCCAAGUGCCUUACACACCGCCACACUGUGAGACCACACCAUCCUCCACUCUUUUGGACAAUAAGGAAAACAUUCUGAACCCUCCGACCUCUGUAUAUCCCUCGAGCAUUGAUCUGUAUUGCUUGGACUCUAGUAGUAAGCCUUCUACAUCAAGCUCAGACCCAGACAAUUGUAAACAAUUCUUCGACACUUCUAACCCAACCACCGUCUGUUCCAAGAGGAAGAGUGUAGAUGGUGAACAGCCUGAACCUGGUGUCUGUAAGAAGCCCUGUAACUCCCCAUCAUCUCCUAUUGGCUCUGUUCUCCUGCAGGAGGUGGCUGAGCAGGAGGAGGCUUUGAGGAGUCGGAUGCUGCAGGAGGAGGAGGACAGAAGGCUGGCGCUGCGCCUGCAAAAAGAGUUGAACCGAGAGAUCGCUGUAGACCGCAGAAAAGGCUCUGCUAAUGAGUACCUACUGAGAGAGAAAAUCAGCCCUUCAUGCAGCAACAGUAUUAGCCCAGAUGAGGACAAUGAGAUGGAUAAAGCCAGUAUUCCACAUUCCUCAAGGCAGAAGGUAGAUGGACAUAAAGCUGGAAAGAGAGACAGCAGCCAAGUUGAGUGGAAAACCUUUAAGCAAUCUUCUGUUUCCACACAAGUGUCUCCUUCUUCAGCCUCAUCAGUGCAGAAGAGCAGAAAGCAAGCUACCAUUACUGAAAUGUUCCCCAGCCUGGGCAGCUAAGCUCUGAAUAUUUCGAUUUAAAAAAUGCCUUUUCCUUACAUGUUUAUCAGAUUUACACCUUCUUCCAUAGUUAGACAUAUUGUAUCUUGAUCGGGUUGAGGUAAAGCAUAAUAGACAAGUUUAUUUCAAUAUUUUUGGGCAACUUUAACCUUCAGUUCUGCAAGGUCUGAAAGUUCUUACACAAUAAGUGCUGAAACUGUUAUUUGCUGCAUAAAGAUUUUCAUGCAUGUUUCUAUUUUUCUAUAGAUAAUCUGAGUUCAUUUAUUUUUAAGCAAUAAAAAAUAGUUGUGAAAAUAUUCAGCCUAUAUUGUUUUGUGCUAUGCUGAUAGACAGGAAAGCAAUAAUUGCUUGCAGUCUGACUCAUCUGGCAAGAAGUCAGGAACAACGCCUUUGUUUUACAAGAUUACAUUUGUGGCAUUAAAUACUUCAGUAGCUCAGAUAUAAUCAAUAAAUAAAUUACACACACAAAAAAAGCUUUAGACCCAUCUGGACAUCUGUUCCUUGACCUAUCUUUAAUUUAUUGUGAAAAGAAAAAUGGUAAUAUAUAAAUUAAUGCUAUCAGGACUCUGUAAUACUGGACAGAGAUAUGAAUAUUCUUAAAUUACUUUCCAAGAACAAUAUGCCUGGAGAGCAAACAAAACGCCUUAUUGUGACACACUACUCGGCAUGAUGGUUUUUUCUCCCGAGAAGAAGACUCAUGACUAGUUGAAACACAUUUCUGUAACUCAUUGCCUACUGAGGAAAUGUAUACAUGCUGCAAAUGGAACCAUUCACAGUGCUGACAUUGUAGUGUUUCGCUUUCAGUGAUGGACAAUAAAAUAUGUGGCCAUUUAUGACCUGGUGCAUUCGGUAAA